AUGUCGACGGAUCGUGCCCUUACGCCAGAAACACUUGAUCCCUCCCAGAUAGAUGGCCCGAAAAGCCUCGAAUCAAAGACAAACGUUCAGAACACAGGAGUCCCGGAAUGGAAAAAGAGUAAAGCCCCCGAUGGUGGACUGGCUGCUUGGUCUGUGGUCCUAGGAUCGUGGUGUGUGCUAUUCUGCAGUUUUGGAUGGAUCAACAGUGUUGGGAUAUUUCAAAGUUACUACGAGUCGACUCUACUGAGCCAUUAUUCGGCUAGCACGAUUGCUUGGAUCCCAUCUUUGCAAAUAUUUUUCAUGUACGCCAUGGGUCCCGUAUCUGGUCAUUUGUACGACAACUAUGGACCCCGUUACUCACUUCUGUUCGGAUCGCUUUUCCACGUUUUUGGCCUGAUGAUGUGCUCUAUUGCGACAGAAUACUAUCAAAUUCUUCUCUCGCAGGGCGUAUGUAGUGCCAUUGGAGUUUCAAUCAUCUUCCAACCCGCGACCAGUGUCAUACCAGGUUGGUUUGACAAGAAACGUGGCACAGCCUACGGCCUUAUGUCCAGCGGUUCCAGUAUCGGAGGAGUGAUUUUUCCGAUCAUGAUACAACGAUUGAUCUCAGAAGUGGGAUUUGCGUGGGCGAUGCGUGCUGGAGCUUUUGUGAUCUUGUUUCUCCUUACCAUCGCCAACUUGACGAUUCGAUCCCGUUUCCCUCCAUCACCACGGCCAGUAUCACGGGCUACACUGACACAGCCAUUGAAAGAGCCAAAGAUGCUACUUGUUAUCACAGGAUUCACUCUGCUGACCUUUGGAGUGUACAUUCCCAUUGAUUACUUGGUCGUUGAGGGACUCUCAAGUGGCAUCAGUGACAACCUCUCUCAGUAUUUGCUGGCGAUGCUGAAUGCUGCAAGCUUCUUCGGCCGCCUGGGGGCGGGCAUGAUUGCCGACCGGAUUGGUACGUACAAUGUCUUCGCCGUGGUAUGCUAUCUAGCUGGGAUUUUUAUACUUGCCAUCUGGAUACCCGCCACCAACGCCGCGGGGACUAUCGUAUUUGCUGUCCUUUUUGGAUGUUGCUCAGGCGCAUAUGUCUCGCUGGCAGCAGCUCUUGUGGUCAAGAUUUCACCUUUGCCGCAAAUCGGGUACCGAGUGGGACUGAUUUUCCUCUUCGCUUCCAUUGGCGGGCUAACGACCAACCCUAUCGCUGGUGCUCUUAUAUCUCAUGAUAAUGGGUCUUUUCUUGGAAUGAAAGUGUUUUCCGGUGUUCUUCUGCUGGCCGGCACAACCUGUGUUUUCGGUGCUCGAUUGCUGCACACCGGACUGAAAAUAGUUGCAAAAUUUUGA